AGUUGUCCUCGACUUCUCCAGGAUCCCAUCAUCAGACCCUGAUAUGAAAAAAAUGGGACCACCUCGGGAGUAUACCCCUGCAAACAAUAAAAAAAUUCUAAUCGAUCCAGUAGUCUUCGAGUAAUCAGGUAACAUACAUACAAAAAUAACAUACAGUCAAAUUGAGAACCUCCUCCUUUUUUUUAAAGUCGGUUAAAUACUAACAUUCAUGUUUUCAAUAAUUGACAUAGACAACCGUACAGGUGAGAGGUCUCCGUGGGUGAUGAUGAAAGUAGCAUGCGUGAUCCUGACGCUCAUCAUCUCGGUGGCCAUCAUGGCGGUGUGCGUGAUGGUGAAGUUCGCCACCGACAUCCGCGUGGAAGAGCGCGCGCGGGAGCUGCAGCCGGCGGUGGGGCGCCUGGCCAGCGGCAUCGCCGUGGUGGCGCUCAACGAGAACAGCACCGUGCGCGCCGCCCAACGAUUCCCAUACAUCGCUGCCAUUGCAAGUAAUUCCACCAAGUCGUUCUCUUUCGCCUGUUUCGCCAGCGUUAUCCUGUAUAAAUGGGUGGUGACCUCCGCGCAUUGCAGGCGUAGAGGCGCCCUCCACAGGGUCCUACUCUUCAGCGACUUCGCGAAGAACCUCACCAGAACCUUCCCCAUCCUGUUCUGGAGGAUCCACCACGAGUUCGACAUCAACAGCACCAUUCCGUUCUACGACAUCGCCAUCGCUAAAUUCAACGUCGACGACACUCGGUUCACUAUCAAACCUUCAACAUUUGAUAAUAAAUCCGUUGAGGAUUGUGAAGCCAGUGUAUGGAAGACCGUGUCAGCUAUGGAUAGGAAGAUUUACUUGGUCAAUGACUUUGACACGUACAGCGUGAAGAUAGCUGCGGCUAGCAGAUGCUACGAAACCUAUGGGAUCCAAGUUGACGAGAGCAUGAUAUGCGUCGAUCUAAGCGACCACGACGACUGCUUCACGCAUGAGUUUGGUCCUAUCUACAGCGAGGACAAGGUGGUGGGGGUGUUGGCUGCCAAGCCGAAGGACUGCGAGGUUAAAUACGCCAUUUUUACGAACGUCUCGUUUUACGCAACGUGGAUUAUAAAAUUGACAGCGUACUGAUAUUUAGAUCUCUCUGAGAUUCUGUCAAUGUACCAUGUUUCAAACUAUGCAUUAAGAAUUUAGAGAAAAUAGUGUGAACCUGUGUUUGCUAGCACACUUGUGCACUAUAUUUUUGUGUAAUGGUCUCCGUUCUCGGUAGAGGUGGAAUGACGUCUCUGAAAUGUGUUCAAAAGGACAUUAAAAGAGACUAUUUUAAAUUAAAAGAGAUUUUUUUAUUUUUCUUAUAAACAUUUAAAAGAAAGCUGUUCUGCAUAUUUAUUUAUUAUUUAAACUGCAAAACCAGCGCUUGAAAUAAGAAA